AUGAUGCGAUCACUAGCAUUGACGAUUUUUUGUGGGGUGAUUGUGGUUAAAAGUGCUGUUAUUGAUACAUCAAAGGACAAGAACGGAUUUCUCCCAAGUAGUGUUGAAGAUGCAUUGAACGAUGAUGUCACAAGUGUUUUCAAUGAAGUCAGUGGUAACGAUUCAGUUAAUUACAGCAUAGAAAUGCAUUCAAUUGAAACAGACGAUGGUUAUAUUUUGACUGUGCAUCGAAUCAUAAAUAAAGCUUUGAUCACGAAAAAAAAGGGCAUACCGGUGUUAUUACAACAUAGUUAUUUGUCCUCAUCGAUGGAUUGGCUCAUUUUAGGCCCCAAACGAGCUUUAGGAUUUCUUCUCGCUGAUGCUGGCUACGAUGUGUGGCUUGGAAACUUUAGAGGAAAUAAAUAUUCAUCUGGACAUGUGUACUACAACCACUCCAAUAGUGAAUAUUGGAAUUUUAGCUUUCAUGAGAUGGGAAUGUUUGAUAUCCCAUCGAUGAUCGACUAUAUUAUGUUAAAAUCAUCUUACAAUAAGCUGUAUUAUAUUGGCCAUGGUCAAGCAGUCACUGCGUUCUUAGCAAUGGCUAGCAUGAAACCUGCUUAUAAUGAUAAAGUAGCAAGGACGUUCGCGUUAGGCCCUAUAGCAUUCUGCAAUGCAAUGUUUAGUCCCAUGUUUCAAGGAAUAGCUAAUCUAGAACAAAAAUAUAAAAAUUCUUUGCCCGAACUUAUUGGCAAAGACGAAUUCCAACCUUCAAACAAAUUGCUGUAUCCUUACGCGAACUAUAUUUGUAAUUCUACUGAUAGUUAUCAAAAUGGCCCGUUAUGCUUUAAUUUCAUGGCACUCUUGAAUGGUUUUAAAGAGGACAACAUCGAUCAGGGGAAAAUAGGGCACGAAAUUGCUGAUUUUGAUUUGAACUCGCUUCCAGGUUGGUACAACGGAGGCGUUGGCUCGGCACCUGACAGUGUCGUGGCAACCCUCAAUCUCAUUUUACGCUACUCCUCUUUGGGCGGAGCGAGUGCCAAGGAAAUAGAACAUUAUGCUCAGCUGUAUAAUUCAGGGAUUUUUCAACAAUUCAACAAUGGCCCACAUUACGAUCUUACCAAAGUUACUACUCCGGUUACUAUUUUCUAUAGUGACAACGACUGGAUUUCUUCAGUACGGGAUGCAUAUCUUUUGAGGAAAAAAUUGCGAGGCGUGCAAGAUAUCGUUAUUGACUUCCAUCCUUUUUUUCAUGUUGACUUUUUGUGGGGAAAGCAAGCAAAGAAAAACGUUUAUGAACCAUUGAUGGAUAUUAUGAAAUUUGAUUCGGCCGUCAUUUCAAAUUAG